AUUGCGCAUGCGCAUAAGAGUGUUGCUGCUGGGCACGAUGGCACACUGUGGAAAUAACGAAGUAGUAGCCGUGAUUGGAAAUGUGGACGUCACCUCAUUGGAAACAGAGAACAACGUUCGAAAUACGAUGGUGGAAAGAGGGACGGCGCUGUUGAGAAAAAUGGAGAUAAAUGUGGCAGAAGCAGAGAAGAGAACUGGGAAGAACACAGUUAACAUGCAGGAAACAUAUACUGUCUAUCUGAUAGAAACACGACCAGCCGAAUCUGUGCCAGAGGGGGGCACACCGGCAACACCUGACAUUCUGUGGAGACGCUACAGUGAGUUUGAGCUGCUCAGAACAUAUCUGCUGGUCACCUAUCCCUACAUCAUCGUUCCUCCGCUACCAGAGAAAAGGGCAGAGUUUGUCUGGCACAAACUCGCAGCAGACAACCUCGACCCAGACUUUGUUGAGCGAAGGAGAGUCGGCUUGGAGAACUUCCUGUUGCGUGUUGCAUCACAUCCUGUCCUGUCCAAUGACAAAAUCUUCUUUUUGUUUCUUACAGAGGAGAAGGGGUGGAGGGAUGCAGUGUUGGAGACGGGUUUCCAAGACAAGGUUGACUCCAGAUUGAAGUCCCUGAGUGCCAUGUACAGAGUCAAGAACCCUGACAGGCGAUUCACCGCUCUAAAACAUUACAGUGACGAACUGAACACGGUCAUCUCCCAGCUGCUCAGGGUGCGGGCGGUGAAAAGUGCUGAUAGGCUGUAUGGAGUGUACAAGGUUCAUGGUAACUACGGCAGAGUAUUCAGUGAGUGGAGUGCUGUCGAGAAGGAGAUGGGAGAACGGACUGCAGGUGCUGGACACCACAUGGACACGUAUGCUGCCUCAAUCGAUGACAUCCUGGAAGAAGAAGAACACUACUCAGAUCAGCUGAAAGAAUACCUUUUCUACACUGACGCCGUCCGGUCUGUCUGUCGGAAACACGAGUUGAUCCAGUACGAGUUGGAGAUGGUAGCUCAGGAUCUGGCUCAUAAGAAACAACAGAAAGAGGAGCUAGCUACUGGGACGGUGCGUGUCUUUUCUCUGAAGGGGAUGACCACUAAGCUGUUUGGCCAGGAGAGUCAGGAGCAGAGGGAAAGCAGGCUGGCAGCCCUGGAGCAGAGUAUCCAAGAGGGAGAUGAAAUGCUUAAAGAGAAGAACAAAGAGUGCCAGGAGUUUGUCCGAGCAGCCUGGGAAGACAUAGAACGAUUUAAGGAGCAAAAAGAUAGAGAUUUACGUGAAGCGUUAAUCAGCUACGCCAUUAUGCAGAUCAGCAUGUGUAAGAAGGGAAUCCAGGUGUGGUCAAAUGCCAAAGAGUGCUUCAGCAAAAUGUGAGACACCAUCCAGCCUGUCGUUCUCUCCCACACCUUAAAUCAGUAUCUAUUUAGGCUGUUCAGAAGGGGUAGAAGCAACCAAUCCUUUAUAAAUGGUGACCAUAAAACAGUUUUGCAUUCACUUUGGGUGCCAUACAGAGUAGAAUCAACUGACCUUGACUGUCACAUGCUUGCUGUCUCUUUUUCACUGUAAUUCUUGGACUCUCACUAACACACGCACAUACACACAAAUAAUUAUAUAAAUGGUUUAUCAGAAUUAUUUUUGACAAGUGCAAUGGAUCUUUUAUUUCCCACUUAAUGCCAUUUAUUUAGAGGUGUGGCCUUCAUUUUUUGCUUAAUACAGUUUUUAAGCAGAAAUUGUAUAAUUCAUCUAUGCAUGAACAAUGCACAAACUGCUCAUAAUUGGUCUUUAUUGCACAUCUCUCAUUCUGAAAAAUGAUCUAAAGUUCUGCUUUACAGAUAUUAAUAAAUGUUUUUGUCCUGCAUUUUAAGGCUUUCAGUCAUUAAGUUGUAAACAGUUUUCUGGUAACAAAAUUAUAGUGUGAGUGAAAUAUGAACAAAAUAAUACUCUUGUUGCCAAUAGCAGCACCAGUAACCGGUGUCUAAUUUGGUAUUAAAAGACUUCUUUGUCAUUCCAUCAAAGUAUGUUAUUGUUUGGUAAAAACCAAUCUGUCAGUGUGUUCAAGCCAGGCCUCCUCAAUGUCACUCUGCACUGAAUUGAAGGAGGUGAGCAAACACCCUGAAAAAUGGGUUUCUGUUGGCCAAGCGGUUAAGUGCGCUUGUUUGCAGAGUGGAAUUUUCCCGGUUCAAAACCCACCCCUGGCUGUUCUCCAUGUAAUAUGGAGUUGCGUCAGGAAGGACAUCCGGUGUAAAACUUGUGCCAAAUCAGCAUGCAGAUCCACCUCUGAUCUGCUGUGGUGGCCCCAAAACAAGGGAGCAGCUGAAGGGAUUUACUUCUACUUUGAUUAUACGGAUUUCAGAAACAAGGCAAAUUUUAAGCAAGGUCAUUUCAGUUUUUGGUUUUCAUACAUUUCUUCAUGCUUAAUCAGGCAUUUAUGCAGUUGUUACUGAGGAUCAGCAAUCUGCCAAAUGGCAGUUGUUCAGCACACAAGACCGUAAAACGAGAAGGUGCAUGACCUUAGUUUUUGCAGAAUUAAAUAAAUGGAUUAUAAGAAUGAUAUAACAGGUCAGGGUUAAAUUCUGUUAAAUAAAACACUCAACCAGAUGAAAAGGAUUUUUUU